AUGACCUCAAAAAGGGCUCUUCUAGCGAUUCUCCUGGCAGGAUUGGCAUCCGCCACACCCAACGGAAAACGAGGUCUCGUCUAUACCGCCGACAGAAAUGACCCCAAGGACGACAAGAUUUGGAUCCAAAAUGGAAGUGAUAUCACAUGGUACUACAACUACGCCGACUACCCGUCGCCUGUUUACGCCGAUAUCCCCCAAGAGCAGUUCGAGUUCGUGCCGAUGAUGUGGGGAGUUGAAUCCGACAGCAGCGACACAAGCUUCCUCGACAGCGUCCAGGCCCGCAUCAAGAGCGGUACCAACAUUACGCACGUCCUCGGCUUCAACGAGCCCGAUGCUACCAGCGACGUUGGUGGGAGCAAUCUCGACCCCAAGACCGCCGCUGAGGCCUGGGUUGCUAAUUUUGAACCCCUGGGUCGGAUGGGAAUCAAGCUCGGUCUGCCUGCGUGCACCGGAGGUUGGACCUCGAUGCCCUGGUUGAAACAGUUCCUCGGGAACUGCACUCAGAUCAAGAACAAGGCAGGCAUCAAGGGAAACUGCACAUGGGACUAUCUUCCUGUCCAUUGGUACGACAAUUUUGAAGGUCUCGCCUCUCACAUCGGGGAACGCCUCGCCGAAUGGCCCAAUGCCGAAAUCUGGGUCACCGAGUACGCCUACGCCCAUCAAGAACCUGGCCCGACCGACGCCUUCUUCAGGCAAACGCUCAAAUGGUUCGACGAGUCCGACUUCAUCGGCCGUUAUACCUACUUUGGAGCCUUCCGCUCUGGCAUCUCCAACGUCGGCCCCAACGCCGCCCUCCUCACAAACGACGGCGGCCUGACGGAUAUUGGCGCAGAGUACCUAGGUCUAAACACGACGGGAGAGGAUAGCGCGGCGCCUUCAGCAGUGAACCUGCCACAUGUAAGAUUUAUGGCGCUGGUAUUAGCUGUGGUAUUGAAGAUGGUGAUGUAG